GGACCCGGCAUCGUUACUUGAACUUGAAGAAAUGCACACAUGGCGCGCUACUAUCAGCCGACUCGAGGUUCGGCUUCGGAUUUUUAGUUUACUCCGGUAUGCUGGGUGCACGGGACGACGCCGCGAGAUGCUUCAUGGUUCAUUUUCGCUAUAAUUUAGAAAAGGUUAUUUAAAAAUGGCGGAUACAUCGUCCUCUCACACUACCUCAGACUAUUGCAACGAAUGUUUUUCCGAUAUCUCGUCUGAAAACUCGUGGUUAGAAUGCGCCGUUGUUGGCCAAAAGCCUUGCUCGCUUCAUCGACGAAGCAAGAAGAAUAUAUUGCAGAAAUUGUUCAAUCGAGAGAUCAGAGGAUGUUUGUCUACCCACAGUUACGCCUCUGAGGAAAAAUUAUUUAUGUCCAUACCGUCAUGGAGACAUUUGUCAUUGACACACGUUUUUCCUAAAUCGGUCCUGGCUGCCGGGCAUAUCGUCAUGGGACUGACGCAGUGUGGGCAAUUCAUACUGACGUAUACAUACAAUAUUGAAGUUGUUGGAUACGGUUCGUCGUAUAAGUAUUUGUUACACUGGUGGUCGUUCAUCCCGAAUCAUGUUGCUAGAAAAGUAGCUGAAGUAACACUUUUUGGGAACUAUACUAUACACAGAGACCUUAAUAUCGUAAUAUCUCAAUGGCCUACAGAAAGGAAUAAGCUGGUUGUACAUGGUGUAUGUUACUUUCUUCUCAGCAUUGAUUCAAUGCGCCUGCAGCCAACAGACAGAGCUUAUCUUACUAUAACGACGGUACCUUCCCUUCAAAAUUGCAAGGAUUGUUUAAAAGUAGCGGCAUCUUAUGAAGAAGAAGACUUGGGCAGUAACUGGGAUGGAUGCAUGCGAUGCAGUUGUUUGUUACAUGGCCUUACAGUUCACACAACUUACGAGGUCAUUUCGCCAUAUCCAAGAUUUCGGGCUGCAGUGUGUUUGAAGUACUGGAAUCACGUUGUUGUUAAUACAGGAAACUUUUUACAUGUGCUCAGGGUAGAUUUGUAUACUGCUAAAUCUAAAUUUCAGAAGAACAGUGAGAGAAAUGACAUGGUAGUCGUGGAUACGGUUCCAUUAGACGCUAGUGAUGUUGAAGAAAUAGAUGAGUCUAGAACUGAGUGUUCAGAUAGCUCCGAAGAGAAAAUUGGUGUAUUGGAUAACGUAACUGUUGACCAAUUUUCAAAAUGUGAAUCCGCAAUAGAUUCUCCUUUCACAGACGAUGUAAAUAGAUAUGAAGAACAAUACUGUAGUGAAAUACGUGUCAAUACCUCAAGCAGUAAUCAAAGUGACUGUAUCUGUGAUAUCAUCAGGCCUAGUGUUAAUAUAAGUGGAAAAGGAUGUGAGUGCUUAAAUGGAAACGAGUGCAAGUGUGAAAGUAACAGUUCUACCUCCAGAUCAGAGUUGGCAAUAUCUGUUAGAGACAAAAUAUUGCAGGAUUUUUGCGAGGAUAUGUCUCAAGAAUUGAAUAUUGGAAGCGAUUUGAUUACUCUGGUUAAACAUCCUUCAUGCUCUCCAAUGUCGCCACCUCAACGACUUCCCUCCGAUCAUCGACAUUUGACCUGGUCUUCCGCGAUGCUCAAUCCACCUUCAGAUAUUCUAAGGACACGCAAUUCGGAUUCUAGUCAUAAACUGCCUCGUACGCAACGUCCCAACUCUCCGCAGCCUAGCGUCUCUCAGGAUAGCUCAAGUGUCAGUAUAACUUCGUUGAACUCUCCUCUUCACACGCUUUCUAUAAGCCCAACAUCUUCGUGUUCGUCACGUUUGAUGUCUCCUCCGACGACACGAUGGUUCCGCCAUUUGAGCCCCCGAAAGAGGGCAAAUCUGCAAUCUCCACCACCAAUUCUUCCUCCCACACCGCCUAGACCACGACCGACGCAUAAACUUACUUUGGAAGCUGAAAAAGCUUAUGAAUUUACAGACGAAGCACAUGAAACAUGUGAAAAGUUAAGUUCAUUUAGAAAGCGUCGGCUAGCUGACAAAAAAUAUGAAUUCUGUGACGAGGCUGAAGAUGCAGAAAAUAUUGUUCCUUUCAAACAUCUUAGGGACCAAUCCAAGCACCGCACAUGCUCCAUACACCAACUGGCAUCGCCUGUGACCUCUCCUGUACUACCAAAUACCAGGCGGCGAAGAAUUGAUUCUGAUCACAGCGAUGUUAGUGAAUUUAAUUCCAUUCAGGAUUUAACUUCACUAUCUGAUUUUCAGAGUAUUGAGACAGCUGAAAAAUAUGUUCUGCGACCAUUAAAUCAAAAUCAACUGUCAUACUCUGCUGCACAUCGAGACAAAACAAAUAAGAUAUGUGCAAAUGUAUCACCAUUGGUUCCCAAAGUUACAUUUCAGUACCCAUCUAUAAAAUGUACGGCACACUUCAAACGCAGCUACAUAGAACUUGAUGAUGAAAUGGUCUCAGUUAUCACAGAUGUAGAAGAUGAUGAAACUGGAGGGUAUGUAAGCUAUCAGUGCGUACUUCCAAUGAAUGUACAUGGAUCUGGAUAUACCCAAAUGCAGAUGAUAAACAAUAGUAAAGCUGAAAAGAUGCCGGUACCACAUGUAUUGGUAAAUCAGUUGAGUUUUGAUAUUGAAACAUUCUCUCAUCACAUAGCAGAUUGGCUCUGUACGCGAUUUGGUAAAAGGUACUGGCACUGUAGCGAUUAUGACAUUGAAAUUAUUGAUGUUUGUGCAUUGAGCGGAGAUGUCAUUUGUCUGCUUAUAAUGAAAAUCGAAGCUAGUGAGCUCAGUAGUCAAUCUCAGUGCUACCAAGAAAGAAAGCAAUAUGAAGUUGGCUGUAAAUUUACAUGGAAUAUUGAUUCGAAUCAAUAUCGAAUCACGAACGUCCUUCCAUUGAUAGAGACGAAGUCAAAACUGCACAAACGCUACAUCUGGAACCCGACGAAGUUGAUGGCUUCGCAAAUGCGUGAAAAGAUGCAACAACCGUAUGCUCACACUGUUCGAUUUCUUCAGAAUGUAAUGGCGUUUGCAGGGGAAUCCAUUACAAGGCUACAUGACUUCGACAACCUUGUAGAAUUAUUUAUUACACCCUUACCUGAUUCUCCAACGAUGUAAUAACGUAUUUAUGCCCAGAACAGACAUCUCACGGAAUAUAAAUUAUUGAAUAAUGUAA